AUGAAUGCUUUGCUUGUUGCUUCUUGUAAUGGGCAAACUAAAUUCGUUGAGAAGCUUGUAGAGCGUAUGCCUGAAAAGGCACUUGAAAAGCGUGGCCCUGGAGGCUACACGGCUCUACAUCAUGCGGCCAUCGGCGGCCAUCUCAAGAUGGCCAAAGCCUUGAUUAGAAAAAACCCGAAAUUGACUCAAAUUACAGACAAUGAUGGAAAGACUCCACUUCUCUGCGCGGUUUUGUUGUUUUCCAGACACAAGCUGGUGCGGUACCUUGCCUUGAAAACAACAAAUGAGAAGCCUGAACGCCCCUUCAGUGGUUGUAAGGGUGGCGACCUUAUGGUUAAUCUCACUCACAUGGGAUUCCAUGUAUGCGAUGAGGAUGACCCACUUGAAACCUCAGAUCAGGACUUGGGAGUAGAAAAACAAUCACAAUCCAAUGAAGCUAAAACUCAAGUACCUUGUAUUAACAAGGUUACAGACAAAAAGUUGGGCCAUGAACGUGCCUGCAAGUUGGUUCAUCUUUGUUUAGAAGCUUUACUCGAUUAUAACGAACGAAAGCGGAACGAGUAUUUUGACAAGCAGAAGAUUCUCCACUUUGCUGCACGCUGUGGAGUCGUCGAAAUUGUGACCGCAUCUCUUCAUUAUUUUCCGGACCUGAUUUUCUCAGAACAUGGAAGUCUGAUACUAAAAAAUGCAAUCCAAUGUCGGCAAGAAAAAAUUUUCAACCUCGCAUGCAAAAAGACCUCACUUGAUAAGAUGUUUGCUACCAUGUGUUACGAGCCUUCCAUCUCACAUUUAGCAGCAAAGCUUCCGAUCAAACGUCGACUCUCGGAUGAUUCUUAUGCAGCUUCGCAAAUGCAGAGAGAGAUGCAGUGGUAUAAGGCGAUAGAGCGUAUUGAACAUCCAAGAAUGAGGCAACUGAGAUCGGAAGAAGGGAAAACGGGUUUUGAAUGUUUCUCGGAAAAUCGCAAACAAAUGCGCGAGAAUGCAGAGAAAUGGAUGAAGGAUACCUCAGAUUCCAGUAUGCUUGUUUCUACUCUCAUUGCCACCGUGGCGUUUGCUGCAGCUUUUACAGUUCCUGGAGGAAACAAUGACCGAGGAAUACCGAUUUUCCUCAACGAUACAUCAUUUGCGGUAUUUUUCUAUUCGGAUGCACUAGCACUGUUUUCAUCAGUCACUGCCAUCCUGAUGUUCUUAUCUAUCCUAACUUCAAGUUACAAAGAGGAAGACUUCCACAGGGCAUUGCCCAAGAGGAUGAUAAUCGGUCUCGCCUCCCUCUUCUUCGCCUUAGCUACCAUGAUGGUAGCUUUCGGAGCAGCUCUCGCAAUUGUACUAAGUGAGAAGAUCAGAUGGGUUUGGGGUCCAAUUAUUUUCUUGGCAUCAUUUCCGGUGACUCUGUUCUUCAGGCUGCAGCUUCCCUUGUUUAUUGAAAUGAUUCAAUCAACAUACGGAAGCAUCUUUCAACGUGAAAAAAUAUGGAGACUGAGUGGGAAUCCAGACGCAGCUGGCCCACUCUAUUAGCCUGGCAAUGGUUAGUGUAUACAAAUAAAUGGCUUGGAAGAUGAUUAUUAAGUAGCCAUAAAAUUAUAAAAGUUGUACUUGUUCUUUGGUGGUGUGAAAUGUAUUUAAUUAAGAUUCAAAGUGUGUCACUCAAAAUCUUUAUAUAUAUAAA